UUUCAGUCGCGCUAAAGCGUUUCUAUGUCAUCUAAUAAGACAAAUUAUUGUUUUAGUUUGACUGAAAUCAAACUCUUACAAAGCAUGCAAGAACAUUAUUCAAGGAUCUGUAAACAGAACAGAUCCUUUCAGAUUGCUGGCAUUAAAAGUCAGACACCAAUGAGGGAAAUGUUGGAAUAUACAGCUCCAUAUCACUGUGAUAUCAUAUAAUUAGCUCUAUAAAGCAUGUGCAUGAGAAAACCUAAGUAUUCCACAAACACAAGAUCUUACAGUUUUCUCAUCACUCUUGUGUCUGGGUUGCUGUGUUUUAUGACCUGUUCUUCCUCUUUGCCAUUGUCCUGAAUGUCUUCCAGCUCAUUUAUUUUUAGCUAUUUAUGUCUUCACCACUUAAGUGCUAAAGGACUAAUGCAUCCCAACACAAUGCAAUUACUAUGUCAAGUGCAAUUCCAAACAGUGCAUGAAGACAAUGAGUUGUCUGAGUUUCUGUUCUAGAUGGCAUGCUAGAUAACACACACAUACUGAAUUUUUUUUUUGGAAGUGCUACAUUUUUCUGCAGUAUAUGCAUGCAUCAUCUUUGGGGAGUACAGGAGCCUGAUUGUGCCAAUCUCAACCUGUUCUGAGAUUAUAUAAAAUAUUUAAUAAUGUUGAACAACUGGCACUAAUAAAAUGAGCAUGUCAAAAAUAUAAUGUAUCUAUGGUAUAAAUAAUAACAGAAAGAGAGAUAGAAAAACUGAAGCUGUGCUAUAAAGUAUAUCUGACUUCAAUUUUCAUGUAUUUCUAAUAUAGGCCUAACUGAAGAAGAGGAUCUUGCCAUGUCCAGUGGUACACACACACACACACACACACACACACAAAAUAUAAAUUUGUAAACCAAAUACACUCUAAUAGGUGGUUUUCUAUGAUUGUAGAUGUCAACAGGGAGGCCGUAUUCCGGGCAACAAAGGUUCGAACCCAUUUGAAACAAGAUGGAAGCUGGAUCAACAGAUCUCAAAAUGUUGAGGACACACAGUUAGAUGUAAAAGCACGUAAACCAGUAAAGCUAGGAAAACCUAAAAAUGUGUCCUCACCUGAGAGCAGUUCGGUCUCUUCCUCCAUCAUGCCAUGUGAAGAGAGUACCGCCACCACCUCCUCCAGCCUGGGCUCGUCCACACCCCCUCAAAGCUCUUCUGUCAUGUCAGCCUUAAGGAAGUUUGAUGCACAUCCUGUCCUAGAGGACUCCAGGAGAGCACAUGUAGAGAAAGCAGUGGAGCCAUCCAUAGUCAAAGCCACAGAGCAACCACUGAAGACACCAGCAGAUGCUUCUGUAAAGGACAUAGUGGAAAAACCAAUCGCCAUACCUGCAGAGGAACCAUUGAAGACACAUGCAGAUGUUUCUGUAAAGGACAUAAUGGAGAAACCUAUAGCUAAACCUGUAGCGGAACCGAUGAAGAUGCAUGCAGACGCUCCUAAAUUGGAUGUAGUGGAGGAACCUAUAGUUAAACCUAUAGAGGAACCAUUGAAGAUGAAUGCAGACACUCCUAAAACGGAUGUAGUGGAGAAACCUAUAGUUAAACCUAUAGAGGAACCAUUGAAGACGCAUGCAGACGCUCCUAAAUUGGAUGUAGUGGAGAAACCUAUAGUUAAACCUAUAGAGGAACCAUUGAAGAUGCAUGCAGACGCUCCUAAAUUGGAUGUAGUGGAGAAAACUAUAGUUAAACCUGUAGAGGUGCCAUUGAAGACACAUGCAGACAUUCCUAAAACGGAUGUAGUGGAGAAACCUAUAGUUAAACCUAUAGAGGAACCAUUGAAGACGCAUACUUACACUCCUAAAUUGAAUGUAGUGGAGAAAACUAUAGUUAAACCUGUAGAGGUGCCAUUGAAGACACAUGCAGACAUUCCUAAAACGGAUGUAGUGGAGAAACCUAUAGAGGAACCAUUGAAGACACAUGCAGAUGUUUCUGUAAAGGACAUAAUGGAGAAACCUAUAGCUAAACCUGUAGAGGAAACGAUGAAGACGCAUGCAGACGCUCCUAAAUUGGAUGUAGUGGAGAAACCUAUAGUUAAACCUAUAGAGCAACCAUUGAAGACGCAUGCAGACGCUCCUAAAUUGGAUGUAGUGGAGAAAACUAUAAUUAAACCUGUAGAGGAACCAUUGAAGACACAUGCAGACAUUCCUAAAACGGACGUAGUGGAGAAACCUGUUGAAGAACCACUGAAGACGCAUGCUUACACUCCUAAAAUGUAUGUAGUGGACAAUAUAGUUAAACCUGUAGAGGAACCACUGAAGACACCUAUAGAUGUUCCUGUAAAGAACAUAUUGGAGAAACCUGCAGAGGAAUCACUGAAGACACACACAGAGACUCCUGUAGAGGGAACAAGGAAGACACCUGUAGAUGGAGCUUCAACAGAUCAAACACUAUUCAGUGGAGUGCUGCAGGAGAAAGCAGUCAAAACCCUACAUGAGAACCCAGCAAAGCCUUCAGGUACACUGACUACAGAGAAUCAAGAAGAUGAUACAGUUGAACAAGUCUCAAUAGCACAUGCACCUUUAGUUGAGGCUCCACUCGAACCCAGACAAGCAGAACACCAGCCUACAAGUGAACAUGGGGAACAUGGGGAACUUUCACUAGUAUCUGCUCUGGAAACUCCAACUACAGAGUCAUCAACUAGAUCAACUACAGAACUGAUCGAAGAACCCCGUGUGGCAGCCCUGGAAGAGAACCACAGACUGAACAGUCAAGCUGAAUUGAAUGUCAAAGGUAAAACCAUGUGUUCCUUCUGCAAGCUGCCCAUAGAUGGAAAUGUGAAAAUCUCCAUUAACAUUCCUGCCAUUUGCUGCCAUCCGGAUUGUUUCAAGUGUAAUGGUUGCAGCAGUCCUCUGGAUGAUCUCUCUUCAUCUAUGUACCACUAUGCUGGGAAAAUCCUCUGCGAGAAAUGCUUUGAUCAAAUCUUCCAGCUCUGAUGACUCAUCCUACUGCAACCUACUCCACAACAACUUAUCACCAUGACACCCAAGCACAUCUCAGUGUCUACCAGCAAGUUUGCUGUAAUUCAGCACUAAUAAAAAAAUAAUAAUAAAAUCAGUCUUUAUCAGUAGAGGAACUGCUGUCGUAGGCUUAUUGCACAUACAUUCAUCACCAUUUUUCAGCAAAUGGUCGUGCUGCGUGUGCAUGUCUUCCUAUAUACUGACAAAAUUCCCCAUGGGGUUUAAUAAAGUAUUUCUCUCUUUCUGAUCAAUAUAUUCCUUGUCUUCUUCUAACAAUUCACAGUUUC